GUGACGUUUUCAUCAUAACAGACUCUUUGGAACGCGCGGAUAUCAAAAUUUCUGUCGAAUGACACAAGAAGGGUUUACAGUUGGGCUCAUUAGAGUCGGCGACAACGUUAAGAAAUACAAGUUGAUAGAUUUUCGUGGAAGAGAUGAGGUUACAAUUGGAAGAUCUCAGGAUGCCACAUUUUGUAUUUUAUCCACCAUGAUUUCACGCUGUCAUGCAGUGUUGAAAAAAGAGGGAGCUGUAUGGAAUAUUAAAGACAACAAGAGUCUGAAUGGAGUUUUUGUAAAUGGUAAGAAAUUGGAACCUCACACGCCAUGUACAUUGAAUGAAAAUGACACCAUCCAAUUUGGAGUCCCUAAAACUGGAGAGGAGGUUGCUGAGUUCAUCUUCAAGUUCCAUUACAAGAUAAAAGUAAAAAGGGCACGACCCAAAAGCUCUGAUGAAACUGACAGUUCAACAUCAGCACAAACAAAUGUCAACCAUUAUCCAUUGAAGAGAGUAAAACUGAACACUAGUGACAAUAUAGCGACUGAUAAACCUUCAUGUUCCAAGGAGAACUUCCUGAAAAAACAGCAGCCGUUUGACGAUUACAAAGAGAAGCAGAAUAGACAGCAAGAAGAAGCCGAUAUGAAACUGAAAGAAUUCGAAAAUAAACUUGCCGAGAUGCAGAAGAUGUUGAAGGAGAAAGAGGAAGAGCACGAGAAGAUGAGGAGGUGUUUGGAGGAGGAGAAACAGGAGCGAGAAAAUCAGACAUUGCAGAUGAAAGAGAAGCUGAAAGAAAAGGAGGUCCAGCUAGAAGUUCAGACCAGUACAAUGAGGGAAAGGUUAAAAGAGAAAGAACAAGAACUGGCUGCAGAAGUCAAGAAACGAGAGGAAGAUGAAAAGAAAAUGAAAGAGGAUUUAGAAAACCAGUUGAUGAGCAAGGAGGCAGAGCUCCUGGAACAACUCCAGCAGCAGAAGGAUGCUCUCAUUACUGAGAAAAAGAAGGUGGAGGAAGACCUGCAGAAAUCCAUGGAGAAAGCUCUGGAGGAGAAGAACAAAGAACUGGAGGACCAGCUACACAAAGAAAAGGAAAGGCUGGAGAAGGUUAUAACAGAGAAAGAGACAAAACAGAAAAUGCUUGAGGCUCAGCUGCAGGAAACAAAAAAAGAACCUGACCAAUCAGAGGCCAUCCUUCAGGCUCGGCAGGACAUCCUAUCCAACUUCUCUGACCUAAUGGAGACUGAGCUUCAGUGCAGUAUUUGUAAUGAACUCUACAUACAGGCAACAUCUUUAGGCUGCUCCCACUCGUUCUGUGCACUAUGCAUUGCGGAGUGGAUGAAGGUAAAGAAAGAAUGCCCCAUCUGUAGAACCCCUGUCACCUCCCAGCUCAGAUCCAUCGCCUUGGACAAUUACAUUGACACCAUGGUGGAACACCUCAGUGAGGAGUUAAAGACUCGCCGGAAACAACUGGUGGCAUCAAGGAAAGAGGAACAGGAAAAAAUUGAGAAGGCCAAACAAGAGGCAGAGAGAGCCAAUCAGAGAGCCAACAACGCACGGGGAGGGAGGGGCCGGCGAGGAAGGAGGGGUCGAGGCGGGAGGGGCCAGCGCCAGGCCCAGCAGACCACCACCAGGAACAGAGAGGGGCAUCAGCCAAUCAUCAUCGAGAGUGAGGACGAGGCAGAUGGAGGAAAUGUUUAUGUUGGAUUGAUUGAGGAGGAGGUGGUGGCUGAGGAUUUGAGUGACAGUACCAGGAGUAGUGACAGCGACGACCAUUUUUACACAGAUUCUGACGAGGAUAGUGAUGGGGUGUCGGGCGAUCCCGAUGCAUAUUAUGGAGGAUAUGGCCAUUGUUACAGAUGCGGUCACACAGGACAUUGGGCCAAUGGAUGUCCCUUCCGAUAGUGAAUAGUCCAUCGUCAUGCCAAACCUGUGUUCUUUUACAUUUCUGUUGGUUUAUUCUUUUAGUACAAACAAUGGAACUUUAAAGCAUGUUAUACAAGUUGUCUUACUAUUUUUUUUCGGUAUUUUACAAUUUUUCAGUAAAAUGUUAAAACAAAAAAGCAGUGU